AAGAAGAUGUGACACCAUUAGAGGUUAAGUAUUAAUUCUUCAGUUUGGCACUUCUCAUCUGACGUGUCUGUUAAACUCUAAAGGAAAAAUAUUUUAUUGAUAGUUUUUUAACAUGCACUCCCUUCUUCAAAGAGGAAAUUCUAUCUUGGCAUAUGCCCUUAGUGUUUUGGCCUGCUUAACGUUCGCUUGUUUCGCAUCAACAGUUUUCCUCAAUUAUGUUACAAAUGCUAACAUGAAUACCGUAAAAGUAGUAGUUAAAAAUGUACCUGACUACAGCGCAAGUCGAGAGAAGAACGAUCUCGGAUUCCUUACAUUUGAUUUACAUACUGAUCUUACAGGCCUCUUCAACUGGAAUGUCAAACAGCUAUUUCUCUAUCUCACUGCAGAAUAUCAAACACCUAAUAAUGCAUUGAACCAGGUAGUUCUUUGGGAUAAAAUUAUUUUGAGAGGUGAAAAUGCUGUGCUAGAUUUCAAAAAUAUGAAUACAAAAUAUUACUUCUGGGAUGAUGGUAACGGUUUGAAAGGAAACAAGAAUAUAACCCUGUCCCUCUCGUGGAAUAUCAUCCCAAAUGCAGGACUUCUACCUAAUAUUUUCGCCAGUGGAAGUCAUUCUUUCAAAUUUCCCGCGGAAUAUACUACAACUAGAAUGUAAGAAUAUGUAUGACUGUGAAUAUUCUUUAAAAAAAUAUAUACAAACUCCAGCAGACUUGUAUCACCUUUACCAUUUUUGUUUGAUAAUAAAAUCAAAUCAAAAAUCA